AUUUGCUGACAGUUGGGUGGAAAGUCUUUGUUAACUCCAAAAGGCUUGUAGCAGGAGAUGCGUUCAUCUUUCUCAGGGAUGAAAAUGGCGAAUUACGUGUAGGGGUCAGGCGUGCCAUGUGUCAGCAAAGUAACAUUCCAUCCUCAGUUAUAUCCAGUGGCAGAAUGCAGAUUGCUGUCCUUGCAGCUGCGUCACAUGCCAUUUCAAGUAGGACUAAGUUUAGUGUCUACUACAAGCCAAGAAAUAGCCCGUCAGAAUUCAUUAUUCCUUAUGACCAAUACGUGGAGGCCAUGAACAGUAAUUUCUUAGUUGGCAUGAGAUUCAGGAUGAGAAUUGAGGGAGAAGCAGCUCCGGAGCAACGAUUUACUGGUACUAUCAUUGAAAUAGGUGAUUCUGAUCCCCUGAGGUGGCCGGGUUCGAAGUGGAGAUACCUCAAGGUACAAUGGGAUGCAAUAUCAGCUAUUCCACAACCAGAGAGGGUCUCACCAUGGAAAAUAGAACCUGCCUUGACCCAGUCAGAAAUUAAUCCUCUGCCGAAAGCCAAAAACAAGAGAUCCCGGCCGAAUGUACUGCCUCCAAAACAAGAUUUGUCAGUUCUCGAUAAGGCAUUAAUUGAUUCUACACAGUUGCAAAGAUUUAAUACAAUGGUCUUGCAAGGUCAAGAAGUCAUGACCUCGGGAGGAUCUUUGGAUGAAAAUAAGGUUGACAGUGUUCCGAGGACAGUUGUGUGGUAUCCAAAACUAGAUGAUGUCGAAACAAAAAGUGUAUUCUCUCAAGGAAGAUUGGUUUCUGUAAAUUGGAUCCCACUGCAAAGGCAUGACUCAGCAUAUGGAGACUCGUUUCCCAGUUCUCAGGGCAUUGGUGAAAUGCAAGAACUUUGUGGAUCAUAUACUAAUCGUAUUGCGGAAGAUCCACAACAAAUAAAGUUUUCCAGUAAACCAUUUCAGGAAAUGAAUGAGUCUAAUCAGAAACAAUAUCUAACAUCAAUGGCGCCAUCUCCCAAAACCGGUGGAUAUGUGAAGUGGAAUGGCUUCAAUGCGUACCCACAUUUGUCAAACUUGGGAAUGGAAGCAUCCGGAAAACGGAAAAUGCAUAUGAUGCCAUGCCAUUCAGAAGUUUCAGGGGCACAUGGUGGUGUUGACAUAAAUUUAAUGAGAAACAUGCAAGCUAAUAAACAUGGAACAACAGAGCAUCAGCCUGGUUUUCCUUCACGGGAAGCUUCUAAGGAUAAGAGAGUUGAUGUCGUUUCAGGCCCUGCAAACAAUAAUCGCAAAUUAUCUAGUCGUCAUUUGAUUGACUUUUUCCCAAGCAGUGAGACAAAUCCAUCAAAAAAUAGAGAUUCUGUCAACGAGGAAGACCUACAAGUUUCUGCUCAUGCCCCAAAAGAAUUUCUUUCACAAUUCUCCGAGGUUGACCAACAAUUGGAGCCAAGAAGGCUGAUCAAGUCUCCUACAUCUGCUAUGAGCUGUGAGCAACAAACAUCAUCUUGGAUACCAUUACAAGAAAUACAGUGCAGAGCUCACAGAAGAAGCUGUACUAAGGUACAUAAACAGGGUAGUGCUCUUGGGCGAGCUCUGGAUCUUACAAAAUUUGUAGGAUACAAAGAGCUCUUCCAUGAGCUUGAGGUGAUGUUCAAUUUUGAAGGACAACUGGAGGAUCCAAGCAAAGGCUGGCAACUUGUCUACACAGAUGAUGAGGGAGAUAUGAUGCUUGUAGGAGAUGAUCCGUGGCAGGAGUUUUGCAGCAUUGUACGUAAGAUUUAUAUAUAUAAACGAGAGGAGGUUGAGAAAAUGACCCCCGGUGCCCCUAAUUUGGAGUUCAGGAGAGAGAGUGAAGAACAACCAAUCACAAGCGAAAUUUCUACUCUUGCCGCCACUGAUGCUCGACAAAGUUAAUGUUGACAACUGAUGCUCACGUCGAGUCUCAUCACAUGUGACUUUCAUGCUGCUGCCAAACGAAUCUAUUUUUAGAGCCGUUUACAGUUCUACUCUUAGUUCCAUAGUUUUCAAAUAGUUCAGAGCAUUCUUUAACUGCCAGUACUAGUGCUGGCCAAAUAAUGCAAAGACCAAGCAUAGUUUUGAUUAGCCUAUAUUUAGUUUGCGAGAGUAGUAAACUUUCUUAGAAAUUUUGUUUUUUUAUUCCAGCAAAUAAAGCAUGCUGUACAUGCUCCAGUAGCUACGAUUUGUUUUUGAUAGUAAACUGCUGUUUUUUCUUAGUCUUCGAUCUGUUUGCUGAGAUGGAAGGAUGCUGCAAACUCUGUUUAUGUUCAGCUUCUCUGUUUUUUAGUCAAAGAUUCAAUAAAAUUAUAUUGAGACU